ACCAAUCGUCAUCGAUUGUACGCCGGUGCCGCUAUCGUUGUAGCCACCGCCGUAACUCAAAAGUCCGAAAACUUUGGGAGAAAAAAAUUCCCUCGAUCGUACAUUCGUUUCGAGUCGCUGUAGAAAUGUUUUCGGUUUUACCCGAAAAUAUAUUUUUAAAACAUUUUCGGUGUUAAACAAUCGCGGUGGCUGGGCGUUACCCCGUGUUCGCGGUCGCUGAGAGAUAGAUGCCGCGUGACGCGGGUGUUGUGCGCUACGGGGCGUGCUCGUGUAGCUCGCGUGCGACAAAAGAUUGAAGAGAAAGUGACAGUAUUCGCUUGAUGACCGAACGCGCCGCACGGUGUCGGUUGUAUUACAAUAUAAACGUUAGAUAGGAUUUUCUCCCAUGUACGACGCCGCAGCACUCUCAUCGACGAGAUAUUAUGAUUGAAUUUUUUUUUUACUUUCUGUGACGAUGCGAAUAUAGUAGCAAUUAUUAUCAUGUGUUACGGGGCAGAUUUUUUUACUCUCCGCCGCAUCACGUUUUAAAUGAUCGGACUUGCACGCGCACAUAUCGACGAAUAAUAUUUUUUACAUUAAGCGAGGAAUUAUGACCCUAACAAGUACCCCGUGUGACCUGAGUACCAUGAGUCUGUUUCAAGACCUGAAACUGAAGAGGCGCAAAAUAGAUUCAAGGUGCAGCAGUGACGGUGAGAGCAUAGCGGACACUAGUACUUCAUCGCCAGACGUCGCUGGCCCGGCGUCCCCAUCUAACCGAAUGGACAGAUCGGUACCAUCGCCUGGACUUAUCAUAUCGAUGGAUAGAAUGGCUUCGUCUCCGGAAUGCGGCAGCAUGACCACGGACAGCGGGCAAGACCCGAAUGACGUGGGAGAUGGCGUUAAGGUGAAAGAGGAGAUGAUGGACGAUCAGCAACCAAAAGAUGCGAUCGGAACGGGAUACGAAAACGGGACGGUGGCCGAUAACAAGACGGAACCACCGUCGCCGUCGCCAUCACCUUCGGCGGUGGUCACAGCGGCGUUGGCGGCGGCGACGGCAGCAGCGCAACAGGAGCAACAGCAGCAGAGACGCGAGUCGGUGGUGAUGACCAGCCCGUUAAGUUGCGUUGUCAAGUCACCAUCAACCCCACCACCACCAUCGUCGUCGUCGUUGUCGCCACCUUUGACUUGGACGACGGCGACUGCUCAAACGAAUCCACCUCCGCUGCGGUGUUACACACCCUCCUCCGCCGCCAACUCCAUGUCGGUGACGCAGCAGUACCAGCAGCGUCGGCAAUCCGUUGUCACCUCCGUGUCAUCAGCGUUUUGGAACGCGGGCACGCAGACUUCGCCCGCGUCCACCGCGCCUGGUAACGCAUCCGUGGCCACCGCCGCCGCAGCGUCCGUGCUGUCCGUGUGUCGCAUCAACGGCGUCCGACCUGAACUCAUUGGUGGUGCCGGAUUCGCGACUACGGCUGCGGUCUCCGCCGGCAACACUGACAUGAAACCACCGGCUGCCAUACCCCCACGGACCACUCGGUCUGCACCCACUGUCAUAAUGGGCGAAGCGGGCGGAGUGCGGACCAUGAUCUGGUCCAGUCCACCCUCCACCGUGGAACAGUCAACGUCGCCCGCUAGCACGGGCUGCGGUUCCGUACCAUCAACGGUCAGCACGCCGUACUGGUCGUCCGCGGCCACGUGGUCGUCGAACACGUCGUCCACUUCAUCCCCGUCCCCGUCACCGGCAGUCAGUGAAGAGUCAGCCGCGCAUCUGUUGCUGAACCUUGGCGUGGCUGCUGGCCACGAUGUGGCGUCUGUCAUCAGCCACAUGCCCGGUCUCAGGCCCAUUGGUAGUCAGAUGCAGCAGACGUCAGUGGCUGGUGGUGGAAGUGGUGGUGGUGGAGGUGGCGGCAACGUCACCGGCGGUGGACAGCAGAGCUUUCACGUGCCGCUCAAUAUGGAACGGCUGUGGGCCGGUGAUCUGUCCCAACUCCCGGUGGCCGCUACGCAUCAGAUGCACGCGCUCAACCUGACGGCCAACACGGGACCCGGAUGGCCGAUGGCCGGUUCCAAUGGCGACAACAAGUCUGCACCUGUCAACGCAUACCACCAGAUGGAGGAGGCUGACGAACAGGAACAACCCAUGGUGUGUAUGAUCUGUGAUGACCGAGCCACGGGUCUCCAUUACGGCAUUAUCACUUGCGAAGGAUGCAAGGGGUUCUUCAAACGUACCGUCCAAAACCGGAGGAUAUACACGUGUAUAGCUGAAGGCACAUGUGAAAUAACAAAAGCUCAAAGAAACCGGUGUCAAUACUGCCGGUUUAAGAAAUGCAUCGGUCAAGGAAUGGUGUUGCAGGCCGUCCGAGAAGAUAGGAUGCCCGGUGGACGAAAUUCUGGCGCUGUAUACAACUUAUACAAGGUAAAAUAUAAGAAGAAGAGGCCCCCGAAGAACGGACAAGUCAAAAUGGAGAAGUCCGUCGCAUGCACAACGGCCAGUACCAUGACCACAAUUAAAACAGAAAACCAGGAUAACAAUUCCUCGUCCAUGUCGACUCUGGUCAACGGAACCAUAUUAAAGACUGCACUGACGAAUCCCAGCGAGGUCGUUUAUCUCAGACAACGGCUAGACAACGCUGUGAGUUCGUCGAGGGACCGUACGUUUUCGAUCGAAGCUACGGUGAACAUGAUCAAGAACCUCAUGGACUGCGACGAGUUUCAAGAUAUAGCCACUCUGAGGAACAUGGAGGACUUGCUCGAACACAAUUCCGAUCUGUCAGCCAAACUGAUGCAGAUUGGCGACUCGAUAGUGUACAAACUGGUGCAGUGGACCAAGCGUCUCCCAUUUUACCUCGAAUUGCCAGUCGAAGUACAUACGAGACUUUUGACACACAAGUGGCAUGAACUACUAGUGUUGACUACCUCGGCGUACCAAGCGAUACACGGACCCCAGAAGAUAUGGAACUCCACCAACAUGAACGGUGACCGGAACGAUGAUUCUGAGUUCCACCAAGAGGUGUUUCAAAAUCUGUGUAUACUGCAAAACUGCCUGUCCUCGAUGAUGGGCAAACCCAUAACGAUGGACCAGCUACGACAAGAUGUUGGCGUAAUGGUGGAGAAGAUCACACACGUCACCCUCAUGUUCAGGAGGGUAAAACUGCGAAUGGAAGAGUACGUGUGCCUGAAAGUCAUAAUUAUGUUGACACAGAACAAUGGUAAUACCACUAGUGAGCUGGAAACUAUCCAAGAGAGGUAUACGUCUUGCUUGAAGACUUAUGUCGAACACACUUUUCCCAUGCAACCCAAUAGGUUGCAAGAUCUCCUUCAACGACUGCCAGAGAUUCAGUCAGCUGCUUCGCUCUUAUUAGAGUCAAAAAUGUUUUAUGUGCCUUUCCUCUUGAACUCCACGAUCAGAAGUUAGUGCGUACAUUAUGCACGGAGGAUAGCUACUGAUUGAUCAUCAUUAUUAUAAUAGAAUAGAACCAGUUACCAAAAUAAUAACUAUAUGUGUAAUAUAUGAAAGUGAAAACGAAGAAGAAAUGGAAACGACUAGAUUUUGUCACCUUCUCGCGCAUGCGUGUGAGAAUGCUACCGUAUAAUUAUAUAGUUAGUACGUAUUCGUCUUGUAGGUAAAUUGUGCAUUGUUGAUUGUUAUAUUAUUAUCUGACCGAGAGAAGAUUCUUAUAUUAGGAAUAUUUUUUUAAGUUUUCUUGUUUUUUUUAUGUAUUACUAAUACGUUUCAUUUUGUAACUCUUGAGUUUUUCCUUUACGAUUUGGGAGUUAUUUAAUCGUUGAAUCCAGCUAUAUGAAAGUGUCUAUAAUGUUAACAUAAUGUUAGUAUAAUAAUAUAAUGUCCGUGAACAUUUGUCCCACUUCUGUAUAAACAACGUAUAUAAAUAUAUAUAUAUACUCGUAUAUAUAUUAUUUUAAGAUAGUAUAAUUAUUACGAUACGAGAAAAGUUUUUGAAAGAGAUUAUAAUAAUUAUAAUAAUAUAUGAUGAUGAUGAUGAUGAUGAUAUAGGUAUACGCGUAUGGGUUACCUUUGUAUUAUUAUUUAUUAUUAAUUAGACUUAAUUGUAGUAGUAAUGUUACAUUGUAUUUUGAGUGUAUAAACUGGCGCGUACGGUACCUAAAUCAUAUUAUAUAUAUUUAUGUAUUAAAUACGAUAGUAGGUAUAUGUUUUGUUUAAAUGAUGUAGGCUGAUUGCUGAAUUAUAUUAUCUUCUCUGUCUGUGUUUCUCUCCAUCCCCCAUAUAUCUCUUUCUCUCUUUCCGAGUGUUUCUACGCGGUAUACUCUCCUCCUUAUUUUUUUCCAGUGGCGCUAGGCAAAACGUAAUGUGCACUGUCAUUGUAUUUAUACUGAAUAUUGACCCACACACACAUACACAC